AUGCUUUAAAAUUAGUGUUAAUUAGUAGAAUUUCUAGUCUUUGGAUAAUCAUAUAUUGGUAAAACUUCAUUUCUAAAGUCGGCAAAGGGAGAAAAAUUUGAUGAAAAUUAUUACCCUAAUACAGGAAUAGAAUUAAUAAUCAAAUAGAUUAAGAUUAGGGAUGAAAUAUAGAAAUUAUACUUGUGGGAAUUUCCAGGAUUUUCAAAUUUCAAACAGAUAGCAAGAAGGUAUUAUAAAAGGGCUUAAGGUCUUAUAUUACUAUACGAUAUAACUGAUCAUGAGUCAUUUAUUAAUUUAGAAAACUAUCUAGAAGAAGCAAUUUAGCAUCAUGAUUCACUUUUGAGCAUCAUCUUGAUUGGAAACAAAGUGGAUUUAGAUAGUAAAAGAUAAGUUUCAAUUGAAGAAGCAGAGGAUUUUGCUCAAAAAAAGGGAUUCCCUUUUUUCGAAAUUAGUGCUAAAACUAAUCAUAACAUUGAUUUAGUACUUGAAUAUUGUCUUAGUGAUGUUCUUGAAAAAGCCAAAAUUAAAGGAAUUGAAUUAAAAAAAAUUCAUAUUGAUAAUGAAGAGCCAGAAUCACAAACUUCCAAUUCAGUAUCUUUAAACUAACAAAAGAAGAAUUGGUUUAAGUGUUAUUGAUAUUUAAAUUCAUUUUAAAUAAAUAAACCAUUAAAUAAUUUUCUAAUGUUAAA